UCUAACACCAGUUAUAAAUAAUCCACUAAUUCAAUCUUUGUUUAUCAAUAAACUGUGCGUUGUUUGCGGCUUGUAAAUAUGUAACUAUCAUAUUUGUGCGUCCACUAGUCAAUUGUGAUCUUAUCUAUGACUACGACCAUACACUGUGGCGCGUUAUAUAUGGUUACGCUUUGUGUUAACAGUAUAAUUAACUAAGUGGAGUCAGAUAUAAUUUAGCUCUACUAAAACUACUUUGGUGUUGGAUUGGCGUAGUGGACUGUAAACAUGGGAGAUAUAAAAUCUUUUUUACAUCAAUUUUGUCAGAAAAAUAAAAUUGAACCUUCCUUCGAAGUUAGACCAACAGGCCCUAAACAUCGCCAAAGAUUUCUUUGUGAAGUGCGUUUGCCAGGGUAUACGUAUGUUGGUGUGGGCAAUUCUACCAACAAAAAAGAUGCCCAAAGUAAUUCAGCAAAAGAUUUUGUUAAUUUCUUGGUUAGACAGGGUCAUAUCAAUGCCAGUGAUGUUCCUGUUGAUUUAGACGGUGGUUCUGCUCUUAUCAAAUCAGAUAAUGGUGGCCCUAAUGGACCACCCUCUAUGACAGAUUCAGGCCCUCAACGCUCAGUAUUCAGAGAUGGAAUGGGGCCUCAAAGCUUUGGGGAGGCCUACAAACCUUUACAUCAUGGCGAGAGAAGAGAAUGGACAUACAUGGACAAAUUACAACAGGAGAAACGAGUGGAAGAAGCAGAAGAUGUCGAUAUGAAUGCACAAAUUCAUGGAAAUUGGACAGUUGAUAAUGCAAAAUCUAAACUACAUCAAUUCAUGCAGAGCAACAAAAUCAGUGCUGAUUAUAAAUACACACCUGUUGGACCAGAUCAUACCAAAAGUUUUGUUGCUGAGAUGAGUUUCUUUGUGCGACAACUUGGUCGCUCUAUUCACGGUCGUGAUACCGGCUCAAACAAGCAAAUGGCAAGUAAAAGCUGCGCUUUGUCUAUAGUACGUCAGUUGUACCACUUGGGAGUAAUAGAGGCGUUUUCGGGCUCUCUUAAGAAAGAGAAGUCUGGUCCUGAAAUGACACCAUAUGAAAUCCGAAUUGAUCCAGCACUCAGAGCGCAAGUCCAAAAUUGUCUUGAAGACUUAAAUGUAACUCCUACUCGAGUUCAAAGCGCUGGUGAAGACGACCAGCCGGUAUCCUUGCUAUCUUCACAUGUUUUGGAUGAGUUUAAAGCAUCAGUGCCUGUUGCUAGUGGCGUGGUGCCUUGGUCACCUCCUCAACCCAAUUGGAAUCCAUGGACUGGGUGUAAUAUAGACGAGGGACCUUUGGCAAGCUUAAGUUUAGAACAGCUGAGCGAACAACUCGCCCAAGAGUCGAGAGCUCGAUGGCAAAACAGUGAGGAAUUGCAGAAGAGUGUUCGCGAGAGAGAACAACUGCCUGUCUUUGCAAUGCGUGCACAAAUAAUGGAAGCCAUCAAUGAACAUCCAGUUAUCAUUGUCAGAGGAAACACAGGAUGUGGUAAAACGACACAAGUUUGCCAGUUUAUUCUUGACGAUUAUAUCGCGACGGGUCAAGGGGCGUGGUGUAACAUUGCGAUCACACAGCCUCGUCGUAUUUCGGCCGUUUCAGUGUCUGAACGAGUAGCUAGUGAGCGUUGUGAGCAGCUCGGCGAAUCAAUAGGUUAUUCAGUUCGUUUCGAAUCAGUAUUACCUCGUCCCUAUGCCUCCGUCAUGUUCUGCACAGUGGGUGUAUUACUCAGAAAACUCGAGGGCGGUCUCAGGGGCGUUAGCCACGUGAUAGUCGAUGAGAUUCACGAACGUGAUGUUAAUAGCGAUUUCAUAAUGGUGGUUUUACGAGAUAUGAUCCACACUUAUCCCGACUUGAGAGUGAUACUUAUGUCAGCCACAAUAGAUACGACAUUAUUUUCAAAAUACUUUAAUGACUGUCCGGUUUUGGAGAUCCCGGGACGUUCUUAUCCCGUUGAACAGUAUUUUCUAGAAGACUGCAUAGAAUUGACCGGUUUUAUUCCUCCACCAGAUACUCGUAAAAGAAAAUCGAAAGGAGGUGAUGAUGAUGACGAAAAUGCUCUUGGUGGUGAUGACGAUGAAAAUUUGAAUAAGAUAAUUAGCGCAAAAUAUAGCGAAAGAACGGCGAUGGCUUUACAAAAACUAAGCGAAAAAGAAGUUAGUUUCGAGUUGUUGGAGGCAUUGUUACUCCACAUUAAGAAAAUGGGCACUCCAGGUGCCGUUCUUGUCUUUUUACCAGGAUGGAAUUUAAUCUUCAAGUUGAUGCGCCAUCUGCAACAGCAUCCCGUCUUCGGAGGGUCUGAGUACACCAUACUGCCAUUACAUUCCCAGUUACCUAGGGAAGAUCAAAGAAGAGUCUUUGAACCUGUUCCACCCCAUGUUACAAAGGUGAUUCUAUCUACCAAUAUUGCCGAAACUUCAAUCACAAUCAACGACGUUGUGUACGUAAUCGAUAGUUGUAAAGCGAAAAUGAAGCUGUACACAUCACACAACAAUAUGACGAGUUAUGCGACCGUGUGGGCAAGUCGUACGAACCUUGAACAACGUAAAGGGCGUGCUGGACGUGUCCGUCCUGGCUACUGUUUUCACUUGUGUUCGCAAGCACGUUACGAAAAGCUUGACGAACAUAUGACCCCCGAGAUGUUCCGUUCCCCAUUGCACGAAAUAGCAUUGAGCAUUAAAUUGUUACGUCUGGGUGGCAUUGGGCAUUUCCUAAGUAAAGCUAUUGAACCACCACCCCUGGACGCCGUCAUCGAAGCUGAGGUUCUUUUGAGGGAAAUGCAAGCAUUGGAUUCCAAUGAUGAGUUGACCCCUUUGGGAAAAAUCCUUGCAAAAUUGCCUAUAGAGCCUCGUUUAGGUAAAAUGAUGGUGAUGGGCUGUAUUUUUAUGUACGGGGAUGCGCUGGCCACUAUGGCUGCUAACUCGUCCACAUUUCCUGAAAUUUUCGUGCUGGAAGGUUAUCAGAGAAGACUUAGUUAUCACCAACGGGCUUUGGCAGGAGACAGGUUCUCUGAUCAUGUCGCCAUGUUGACCGCUUUUGAGUUGUGGGAUAAGGCCCGUCAAGGUGGUGAAGAUGCUGAAAUUCGUUUCUGUGAGCAUAAAGGUGUUAGCAUGCCUACUUUAAGAGUAACAUGGGAGGCGAAACGUCAGCUUCAAGAAAUCCUCACAUCUGUUGGUUUUCCUGAAGAAAGUAUGAUACCCACGCACAUGGAAACUGUUGGUCCAGAUCCAAAAUUGGAUAUGGUGAUGGCUCUCAUGUGCAUGGGGCUCUACCCGAACGUGUGCUGUCAUAAAGAAAAACGAAAGGUUUUGACUCAGGAGAGUAAAGCAGCUCUAAUUCACAAAACCUCGGUGAAUUGUAGCAACCUUGCACAGACGUUUCCUUAUCCGUUUUUCGUUUUCGGGGAGAAGAUACGUACCAGAGCUGUAUCUUGUAAACAAAUGUCUAUGGUCGCUCCCAUUCAUCUUUUGCUUUUUGGGUCAAGGAAGGUUGAAUGGGUAGACAAGGUUGUAAGAUUGGAUAAUUGGAUCAAUUUCGACAUGGAUCCUCAAAUUGCAUCCGAGAUCCUGGCUUUACGCCCCGCCCUUGAAAGCCUUGUUAUAAGGGCAUCUAAAGAGCCAGAGCAGGUGUUAGAAUUAAGUCCCACAGAUGUCAAGGUAAUAUUGUCUUAG